AUGGCUCCAGUGAUCCUCUUUCUGACCAUUUUAGCCUCUCCUGCGCUCGGAGAGGACUUUCUGGCACCUUCCAAUCGCAGCCUGGCCGGGGGGUGUCGCAGCUAUGGUUGCUCCAGCUGUGCCCGUUGCUUCAAUCCGGGCGCACGACCUGGAGUAAUGUGCAAGACUGGCGGAGGUGGUGUUGGCUACCACUGCUCGGCUGAGCCCAAAGGAGGAAACGAUGUAUCUGCCACCUUUGCCUGCAUGGACUGGACCUUUGGAAGCAACGCCAUGCGUUCGGCCGAAGCGAGCUUCAGGGCCCAAGCGGGGCAGGACGUGUACUUUGGAGUUGGUACCUACGGGACAUCGGAUGACAAACAACGUGGACUCGGAGCUUGCUACAGAUUGAAGGUGGACGGGAUGGACAAGGACAUCAUCGCACAGUCCAUCAACACAGGCUGGGACGUGCACGGCAACCAGUUCGACCUGCAAAUUGCCGCAGGCGGAACCGGUGCCUUCAACAACUGCGCUGGCCGUGAGGGGAGCAUGUUCCCUGGAGGUCAGUCUGCUUGGGGCUGCACCUAUGGCGGCGUGGAUUCCUACGAGGCCUGCCGAGCGCUGCCGAAAAGUCCGCGCCAGAGCCAUGCGAUGCGCCAAGCAGGUGAUUCACUGGUGUCGCUGUGCGAAUACAGCUGGAAGAAGAAGGUGAGGGUUUCUGGUGCUGGUCGACCAGCUGGGGCCUGCAAAUACAAUCCAACCUUGCUGGACGUUUCGCGCGUGCGCUGCCCUGAACAGCUAGUGGCUUUGACCCAGCUGCAGCGCAACGAUGAACCGCACAGCUUUACGGCCACAGCCAAAGCGCGGCCUGCGGGUUUUCCUAACAGCGGCGACAAGAAGUGCCGCUCGGAAGACCCCAGCGCUGGUCUGGGCUACUGCCUUACCCGCAUGAUGGAUUGUCGCAAGCCUUCGGGCGCCUUCAAGGACAACGUCCAGUGGGAUUUGAUGGUCGCGGGCAGACGGGUUCUUCAAACCUGCACCAGCGAUGGCUAUACCCGUAUUGACGUGUCGUGCGGCUGCAGUGGCUGCAUGUGUUAA